UCUUGAUAAUUCUAUACUUUGGUUUUAUAUGCUUCGACUUUCUAAAUUUUUACUUUUCUUCUGCCGAUUUUCUGCAUUUUGAACUUCCGUCGAUCAGAUUUUUACGUUUUCGAAAAUUCUAUGUUCCGACUCACUCACUUUCUAAUUCUCCGACACUUUUAGUCCCCACAGAAAAAAAAAUACGUUGAAACGGUCUUUAAUUAUUUGUUCUUUACAUCGAGAUAUUGCCGGCGUGUUUUGUAUUGCUACGGGUGUAAAAAUUCCCUCGGAACCGUUAACCGAUCGCGGGGAUUUAUUCGUCGGGCUAAAAGUGAAACUUGCACAGUGUUUUUUGGUCCACAUCGUCUUGCGCCCAAAAAUAAAUCCGCCGCCACAGCAGCCUUGCGUGUCUUGCUUAUUCCUUCUGUCGUAAUAUCUAGAUGUAUAUGCUUGCUUAUUAUAUUAUACCGCGAUAUUACUAUCCGUCCAUGAUGUCAUCGGGGCUUACAAAUAAUUCACCUUACGUUACUGCUGCGAAGCUUUGCAUUUCGCUUAUAGUCGUUAUAUAUAUAUAUAUAGGACCGACUGGUAAACGAUCGGACGAAAAUUUAUCGCUCCUCGCGAUUCAGUCGUCGAGUAUACUUACAACUCGCUGAUCACGUUCUUCCGGAGUUGUUAAAAACGCGUCGUUACACGUUGUUAAUGUUUACUCUUGUGUGCAGAAUGAAAGUAACAAGAUGAAACAGCGACCGGCUCAGCUGGGCACAAUAAAUCGUGGCGUCGCGACGCCGUCGGUCAAAAUUUGGCCAAUUCAAGUUUCUAAUGAAAUUAUUAUCAACGCUACGUGGAAGGCUGAUCCGUCCCAUAAUGCUCUGUGGCAUUGCCGUAUAAUAAUCUAUAAAUAAAACUUUCCGGCGAGGAUUUUACGGUGGCAAGUAGUUUGGAUCUGUCGUCAGCUAAGCGCUGUAAACUUUGUCCUGUAGUGAUUAUUAUUCGCCUUGGAAAAACAAUUAUAAAUUAAUCAGUAUCUUUGUGGCAAACGGGAUGAUUCGAGUCAUUUCGCCGACCAAACUGUGAGACUUUAGUUGGUGGAAGUGAAAGUUUCUACGAAUAUAUAAUAGAAAGAACAAGAAAAAAAAAAAAAAUGCCACAGUACGACGAUUCCUUCCUAGACUCCCCCUUCUUCAGGAGGCGAGCCAAAAGCUACAGUGUUCAAAAACGGGGCAUUACGAGUCCCAAGGUUUCGCAUUUGUCGGCUACGCCGACUUUGCUCGCUGUUACCAACGCUGGAAUUCUUCUUGUGCCAUCUGUAUCGGCCAUCGACUUAACUUCUAUAAAAGAAGUCGAGGAAAGGCACAGUGGAAAGGCUCGGGGCGGUAAAUUGGCGCGACGAGCGCGGUCCUUCAAGGAGGACUUCCUGGAGAAAUUGUCCCACAUGCGUUCCCCCGGUGGAAGUAGCGGCAGCGGGGGUGGGGCUCCAGGAGGCGGCAGCAGGACCGGGACUCGCGCCGCCUCGCCCUCGUCCCCCAGGACGUCCCGGGACAAAAACACCGGCGGAGAUCCUUUGGAGAAGAACCCGCUCCACGAUCUGCACAGCCAUGUCCGACAAGUUCAGCUAGCGCUGUUGCACUUCCGAGACGUCGUGUCGAAGAACAAGCUCGAGAUGCUUCCAGGGAACGGCACGAUCGUCCUGGAAACUGUCACCACGAUACACACUGUUUUGAAAUCCUAUCUGCUCUACGAGAACAGUUCGACCUUGGGAUCGGCUACGAAUCAAGUUUACCAAGCAUUGGCACAACUGUUGAAGCUCUGCGACGACGUCUUGCUUCAUGGUGACCAGUCUUCGGCUCUGGACAGCGACAACGUAACCCAUGUGAUCAGCUUGGUCGAGGAAGCGGUCAAGAAUCUGGUCAGUCUGGCGCAGGAGAAGAUAUUCAACAGGCAGAAGCCUGCGCCGAUAACGACGAAUAACAGGUACAGAACUUCCGGAUUUGGAGCGGAACUCAUGCCACAACGAAACUCCUUACCCGACAUUCCACUCACUCCGAGAGAAAGACAGAUUCUGGAACAGACUGCAACCGCCAACACUUUGGUUCGAAGCUCGCACAGUUCCGAAUCCAUACUCAGGGACUCUAGUCCGCCGCCUAAACCACCGUUGCCGGAUAGGACCAACGUAUCCGCUUCCGAAGAAAACAGCUCCGCUGGACCACCGCCGCCGCUUCCGCCGAAGAGGAGAACUCGAGCCCAGCAGCUACUCGAUGAGUCGGAAACAAUCCUUGCGUCUAGUCUGGAUAGGGUUUCCCUGCGGAGUCGGUCGCCAGAGGACUCCUCGUCGCUCCUGAGCGCUUCGGCUGGAAGUCUGGAUUCCGCCUUGAAUCACUCACGGGAUGAAGAUGAAAUCCGCGCCAUCAUGGGUCCCAAUGAUGAGUCUCUUAAUGACAGUAUGGAUCUCAGCCUGAUGGCUACAAUUCAAGGCAUGCAGGUGAACGGCAACACAAGCUGUGGAUGCUGGGAAAAUUCGGAACCAAAUCUUCCUAGCACAAUGCUGCUUGGUCAGCAAACUCCACAAGAUAUUCUUCACCCUUUUACUGGUAUAGAGGGUAAAAUGGAACGACUAUCAACGCAGACUCAAGAGUCUGGUUUUGCAUCAAUGCACUCGCAGCGUAGUUCGUCUCAAAGUUACACGACUGCAUCCAGCAUGACUUCGAAAAGGUCUUCACAGCAAAGUAGCAUAAGUUUUAAUUCACAAUCAUUCAGUUCUCAACAACAAUCGUUUUCCCAACAAAAAAUAUCUGCGGAUAGUAACGGAUCGGUUUUCUCUCAAAGGACAAUCACAAGCUCAAGAAGCACCCAUUGCACCACAAACAUCAGCGGCAAUGGGGAUGCAGCCUUGCUUGAAAAACUGGUAAAUGAACUUGACGGCGCUAGCAGACCGGAUAUGAACGGUAUACCACCAGCCCUUCCAGAAAAGAGGUUGAGGCGUCGUAAGGAACGGCAGCCUUCGCAGUACGAUAAUGUACCUGAGAAUGAACAUUUGUCAACAUGCAGUUUGCACACGACCAACAGCGAUAGUCCAGACACAAACAAACCACCGCCAUUGCCCCUGAAGAAACGGCACAUGUUCCAAUCAGUGGCAUAUUCCGUUAUGGCUUACAUGGAGAUGUUCGGGAACUGCGCUCACAGCAACAAUGACUUCAUAUCUGGAUUGGGAACGCGGCAUUCGGUAGCCGCUUACAAUUCCAUGCAAGCCGAAUGGCAGCAGCAUGAAAUGUCGCUAACCACAACGCAGUCUUGUUCUUUCGUCGCGCAUUCGACUACCAGCACUCACGACGCCACGAGUAUUUCGGUAACCGUACCGCCGCUAAUAGAGGAUGUUAUGAAUAAUUAUAGUUUACCACCAGCCUUACCGCCAAAAAGGUCCCGGUCCAUCAAAUCGAACAACGUUACUCCUCCUCCAGUGUCGCCAAAGCCAGUUGUCAGUAUGCAAAAUAGCUUCUCUUCUGACACAGCUACUGUACCAAUGAAAUCUGCCGAGCUUGUCGUGCCCAGUGCAAAGAAAGAAUCAAGUCCUUCGUCUCUAAGUGCAGCAACACUGGUCAAUAACGUGCCACCGGAAAUCACAUUGCCGGCUUCUCGGCCAGCUAGCAAUGCUCUAUCAACAAUUUCUGUUGAUGAGAAUACCCUAGAACUAUUGGAUGUAGAUCAAGACGAAAGUAUUUUGGAAGAGUUGGACAUCGGCAAGUAUUUGGUAUUGAAAAAACCAGAGGAAGACGGGCCUGACAUACGUGGUGGGCAUCCCGACGCUCUGAUCAUACAUGCCACUAAAGCCAACAAAAAUGAUGAAAAGGAAUCAGAUUUGUCAAAAUACUCCACUUUGUGUGCAGAUUUCCUGUACCAGGAAGCAUUCUUAACUACAUACAGGACAUUUUUGUCGCCGCUGGAGUUGAUCCAGAAGUUGCAUAGAAGACAUCAACGAUUUUCCUGUUUUCCGGAUGUGUUAAAGCAGCGAGCAGCUAAAGAGGCGUUCUCUCUGCUGGUCAGAGUUGUUAGCGACUUGACGAUAUCAGAUCUAGAUGACGUGCUCCUUCAAACGCUGAUGGAGUUCGUUCAGCAACUAGUAUGCAGCGGGGAUCUAACAAUGGCCAAAGCUCUGAGAGUAAAAAUAUUGGAAAAACACAUGAGGAAGCAGCUGCAAGCUACUCAGCCGAUACUAUCGUCCCUGAGUGUUUCAACAAGACAAUCCUCCCUACUGGAUUUCAAAAGCGAACAGAUCGCUGAGCAGAUGACCCUCCUCGAUGCAGAACUUUUCAUCAACAUCGAGAUACCAGAAGUGCUGAUUUGGGCGCAGGAGCAAAACGAGGAGAGAAGUCCGAACCUGACGAGGUUCACGGAGCACUUCAACAAAAUGUCGUACUGGGCGAGAUCCCGGAUAUUGGAGCAGAACGAGCCGAAGGAUAGAGAGAAAUACGUUGUCAAGUUUAUAAAGAUAAUGAAACACCUCAGAAAAAUCAACAAUUUUAAUAGCUACCUCGCGCUUUUGUCAGCACUGGAUAGCGCACCAAUCAGGAGACUCGAAUGGCAAAAGCACAUUACCGAAGGCCUUAAGGAAUAUUGCGCUCUAAUUGACAGUUCCAGCAGCUUUCGAGCCUACAGACAAGCCUUAGCUGAGACUCAACCACCAUGCAUUCCUUACAUAGGGCUUGUUCUGCAAGACUUGACAUUUGUGCACAUUGGAAACAGCGACUUGUUACCUGACGGUACGAUUAAUUUCUCCAAACGGUGGCAGCAAUUUAACAUUGUAGAGAAUAUGAAGAGGUUCAAGAAAGGGAUGUAUACCUUUAAGAAGCAAGAACGUAUAAUAGCGUUCUUCAACAACUUCGAUGACUUCCUCUGUGAGGACUCUAUGUGGCAGAUCUCUGAGAGUAUCAAGCCCCGGGGGGGUAAGAAGACUCAUUCGCAAAACUAGAGCUUGUCUAACCCUUUCACAGCGUGCGUCUCUCAUCAUUAGACGAAAAGUACUAGCUUAGGAUAUUUAUAAUAUUUAUUUAGGUACUCGGAUAUACUGACUUAAAAAUUAUUCCUAUACCGUGAAAGGGUUGGCUUGAGCAUGUUAUAAGAGAUCUAUUCCAUUUGUACAGCCUCCGUGAGGCUGGUCUUUAAUUUAUAGGAUAAAUAUAAGUUUAAGUAUAUACAAUAUAUACAAUUGUCUACAUUUUCUUCAUCGUAGGAUAUAUGUUGAGCUGAGUGUAUAAAUUGAAGGACGAUGAAUUUUGCUGUGUUAUUACAGAUUCGAGCGUUUAACUGAGAUUCCGGAAUUUCUCAAAGCAACUAGCUACAAAGCUAGGUAUUAAAUUAUAGAAUCGUUUUCUUCUCGAUAUGAACUCACAAUCUAUAGCAUUACUUAAAUUUCAUUACUGUUGUGACUUGGAGAUAAAGUUUAGAAUCGCAAUAUAGGUGAAUCGCACGUACAUAAUUUUGAUCAACAUAUUUCAACGUAUAAAUAGAUUCCAAGUUUUUUUCCCAAAGUUUUUCCACGCAUGUUCUGUCUGGUGGUGAAUUGGCGGAUUACUGUUCUUCGAGUUUAUCAGAAAAUGAAGUGUUGGCGACUCAUCCAGUCCGUGUAUACAGCUUCAGCAUGAAUGCAUACGUAAUCUUAAACACAGCUUUAGUGAUGCUUAGCGUGUAUAGUGCUGAUUGAAAACCCCAGAAAUUACUCUAUAUAUAUAUAUAUAUGUAUACAUAUAAUUAUGUUCUAUUAUUUAUUUAUUUUUGGAUCGUCGUAGGUGUGUAAAACAAUAAGAUUUUUUUAUUACGCAAUAUGGUGUAAAAAUCAAACGACGAAUACAUCAGAGAUGAUGAAAUUUGCUAAAACAUUUUUCUAAUGUACGACACAACGAACGUAUGGUAAAAAUAAAUUGAUAAUACUCUGAUGUGUUUGUCGGUGAUAUGUAAUUUUAAUAGAUGUAUGUAAACGUCCAUUGUCUAGCUAUAUACAUAUACGUAGAUAGGAAAGUUUCAAUAAUCAACACCAGGAUGUUGAUUACACAAGGAAGAACACCAAUGACGUUGAUUAAUGUAGAGCCAUUGUAGUCUCGCUCUUCUGCAUCAAAUUGUGCAGAGAUCAUGACGCAUGGCACGACUGAGAGCAACUGUUACAUAUACUAUUGUAUAUGAUUAUAGGUAACGGUUUAGUUUGUUAUUAUUGAUUUUCUUCAUUUAAAAAAAGAAAAAAAAAACUAUGAUAUUUCAAGCUUUCAGCUUUAAGUGAAAUCGCUAUGUAUAGGAAUUUAGGCGAAUCAAGUGUUACGUAAACUUCACUGUUAUGACAAACAUUGAUAUGCAUGAGGAUUUCUAUCCGGUUUUACCAAGGUCACAAUUCUCACUUUUGUUGUAACAUGUUUGGUUUUUGUCGUGUUCACUCACUGUUCCGAACUUAAAAGUCAUUAAGACACAACCAUACCCAUAUAUACACUCAUACAAGUCAUUUUCGCAGGAUAAUUCCUCAGUUAUUAGAAUUUAGUUUUAGGUGAAAUUAUACCUUCGGCUUUUAUUUUCUUUAGUGUGAAAUAAUAUUUGAUUUACAACAAACUCUGAAAAUCAAUGGAAAGCCGAAAUCAAUUUAUAAGUUGUCUUACAGCGGUCAUUUUGAUUUAGCGCCCAAGUACGAAUCCCCCUGAUGAGAUGUCAACCUAAAGUAGUCGGAUGUUAUUUCACGCUAAACAAUUUUAUCGCAGGAAUAAUAUUUAUAUCAAAUAUACGAUGAAUAUAUUUUCAUUUCCAAGAAUUCACCCUAUGAAUAUAACGUGUAAUGGUAUACAUGUAGUAGA